AAAACCACUUGCUAAACAGUUAAAAACUUACAUAAAUUUACUAACCUAAAAUCUUCAAUUACAUAACAAAAUUAACUCUAUCCGAAUUUUGUUUACUUUCUAGCCGCAUUAAACAGCUUAUUCAACUCAUCUCUUUAUCAUAAACAAACAAAAAAAAAUAAUUGAUAAAUAAACGAAUGAUAAAGCCAUGCCAACUAGAUUUCCGAUGAUAAUUCGCAAGUGCUCCGGCGAAAUUCCAUCAACUCACUUUCGCAUUAUCUGGUAAAAAACUAAUGGGAAAUUCCACCGCGGAAAAUGGACAAUGAAGACGUCAAGAAGGCGCACGAGCUCGACUGCCAGAUCCAAAAUCUCCUAUUAAAAGCCACAGAAGCCCGAGAAUUCUCCUACUCACCCUACAGCAAUUUCAAAGUAGGCGCCGCCCUUUUGUGCCAGGACGACUCGAUUUAUACAGGUUGUAACGUAGAAAACAGCUCAUUCACAGUCGGGACAUGCGCAGAACGAUGCGCUUACUUUAAAGCCAUCAGCGAAGGGAAGAGAAAAUUCAAAGCCAUCGCGAUCGUGGCGAUGCAAAAGAAAUGGUUCACGCCACCUUGCGGCGCUUGCAGACAACUAAUGAGCGAAUUCGGCCAACUGGAUGUCUACAUGACGAAGCCCCGACAUGAUGAUGUGCUGGUAUCGGAUCUGAAACGUUUGUUGCCUUAUCAAUUCGAGGUCACCGACGAUAAGACCUUCGAGUAGUCGUUAGUUAAUUUUAUUUAUUUAAAAUAGUUUCUAAUCCGUCCGUUUUUGUUUUGGCGUAGUUUGGAGGGAUUUUUGGGAUGAAAUAAAAAGGCGCAUCGACUUGUAAUGAGAGAGAGAGCUUUUUAAUUUUAUGUAACAUAGCUGACAUGACAUAUAAUUAUAUUUAUCUAUUACAUACAAUGAGGGGGGCUGAGUAUUACACGUAAAAGAUAUGAACUAUAUACAGGAUGUUCUGUUAGUAAAGGGGAGAGUAUCUCGCUAAAAAGUGUAAGGCUCGUGUCACAUUUAGGGCUUUGUAAAAGGCCAAAAGGACCGUUUUUUGGUUUUUUAUUUUCGAACGGUUCAGAACAGUUUUCGAACAGUUCGGAAUUAAUUUUUGUGGUGGAUUUUCGCUUUAGGACGGAAUCGAGAUUUGUUUUUU